UCUCUUUCUCAUUUGCUCUUCAGUCUUCACCAACAAUAACAAUAACAUCCAUCACCACCCAUCAAGACUUUAGACCCCCACUCUCUAACCCACCCAUAGCUUGACAUAAUCGUUUCAACUUACAGAAUGAGCAGAUGAUAUUGGAGAGUUUCAAGUAUAUUUCUUGAAUUGAAAAAUAUUUGCAGCUGCUUCUUGACAGGGUAGGGGAUCUUGACAAAGGAAAACCGAGUUGCAGGGUAGGAGAGGGUAUAAUUAUAUAUUGAGUUGGUUUUUGGCUGUAAAGUUGUGAUUUUUUUUGGGCUCUUGUCAUCCAUGGUUUGUCUCAACCAUAAACACUUUUUGGUUUUAUUUGUUGUUAAGUUUGGCUGUAAUGGGCACUUGUAAGUCCUGUCUGGUAGUAAUGUGGAAAUACAGAUACGCUUUUGUGUUCCUAGUGGUUUUAUGGGGGAAAGUUUCAGGGUUGGGAUCAAUGUCUUCAAUUGCCAUAUCUUAUGGUGAAUAUGGUUCUGUGUUUUGCGGCUUAAAGUCGGAUGGGUCUCAUUUAGUGAGCUGCUAUGGCUCCAGUUCUGCUAUAAUCUAUUCAACUCCUGUUCAUUUCCCUUUUAUUGGUCUAACUGCUGGGAAUGGCUUUGUGUGUGGGCUUCUGAUGGAUUCCUCCCAGCCUUAUUGUUGGGGAAGAAGCAGUUUUGUCCAAAUGGGAGUGCCUCAGCCCAUUAUCAAAGGCUCCCAAUACUUAGAAAUUUCGGCUGGUGAAAAUCACUUGUGUGGAUUAAGGAAACCCUUAAUGGGGAACCGUAGGAACACUUCCUUGGUGGACUGCUGGGGUUAUAACAUGACAAGAAACAAUGAGUUUGAGGGUCAGAUCCACUCUAUUUCUGCUGGCUCAGAGUUCAAUUGUGCUUUGUUCUCCCUCAACAGAAGUGUUUUCUGCUGGGGUGAUGAGACUAGCAGCCAGGUUAUUAGCCUAGCACCAAAAUAUUUGAGAUUUAUCAAGAUUGCAGCUGGGGGAUAUCAUGUCUGUGGGAUCCUAGAGGGGGUAAACGCUCAAGUGUAUUGCUGGGGAAGGAGCUUGAACCUUGAACAAGAAUUCUCUGCCGCUCAACUCAAUAUCGAACUGACCCCUAACGAUCCAAUUCUUUCCGUUGUUAGUGGUAAGUUUCAUGCUUGUGGGAUUAAGAGCUAUGAUCGUGGAGUUGCUUGCUGGGGUUACAGCGUCGAGAAAAGCACACCACCUCCUAGUGGAGUUAGGCUUUAUGAGAUAGCAGCUGGUGAUUACUUCACUUGUGGAAUCCUGGCGGAAAUUUCGCUCUUGCCUGUAUGUUGGGGCUAUGGCUUUCCCUCAUCUCUACCACUGGCUGUUUCUCCUGGAGUCUGCAAGCCUAGGCCUUGUGCUUCUGGCUUCUAUGAGUUUAACAAUGGAAGUGCAGCUUGCAAGUCUCCCGAUUCUCGCAUUUGCCUUCCCUGCACCAAUGGCUGCCCUGCUGAAAUGUAUCAACAGGUUGAAUGCACUUCAUCUACUGACAGACGGUGCACGUAUAAUUGUUCAAGUUGUACCUCUGCUGACUGCUUUUCAAGCUGUUCCAGUGCAAUUUCUGUAAAGAAGAACUUUAAAUUUUGGUCACUCCAGUUGCCAGUCAUCGUUGCUGAGGUUGCAUUUGCAGUAUUCUUGGUGAGUGUUGUAUCUCUGACAUCGAUUGUGUAUGUUCGAUACAAGUUAAGGAACUGUAGAUGCUCAGGGAAAGGUCUUAGUCCUAGGAAGAAUAUAGCCAAUGGUCCUUUCCCAAAGGAAACUGCUAAAGAUAGACCAGAUCUGGAUGAUCUUAAGAUAAGGAGAGCUCAGAUGUUUACUUAUGAAGAGCUUGAGACAGCAACUGGGGGAUUCAAAGAAGAAUCACAAGUUGGAAAGGGUAGUUUUUCGUGUGUGUUCAAGGGGGUUUUGAAGGACGGUACUGCGGUUGCUGUCAAGAGAGCUAUUAUGUCUUCUGAUAUGAAGAAAAAUUCAAAGGAGUUCCACACUGAGCUAGACUUGCUGUCCAGGUUAAAUCAUGCCCAUUUGCUCGAUUUGCUAGGUUAUUGUGAAGAAGCUGGUGAAAGACUGCUAGUAUAUGAGUACAUGGCUAAUGGCUCCUUGCAUCAACAUCUACAUGGGAAGAACAAGACCGUGAAGGAGCAAUUAGAUUGGAUAAGAAGGGUAACCAUUGCAGUCCAAGCUGCUCGGGGAAUCGAAUAUUUGCAUGGUUACGCAUGUCCACCUGUGAUUCACAGAGACAUCAAGUCCUCAAACAUCCUUAUAGACGAAGAACACAAUGCACGAGUUGCUGAUUUUGGCCUUUCCUUGCUUGGACCUGCUAAUAGCAGUUCUCCAUUAGCUGAGUUACCAGCAGGGACGCUAGGGUACCUUGAUCCCGAGUACUACCGACUACAUUAUCUUACAACCAAAUCUGAUGUCUAUAGCUUUGGCGUUUUGCUUUUAGAAAUUCUCAGUGGUCGGAAAGCCAUUGACAUGCAAUAUGAUGAAGGCAACAUAGUCGAGUGGGCAGUUCCAUUAAUCAAAGCUGGUGAUAUUCAGGCAAUCCUAGAUCCAGUCUUGAAACCGCCUUCUGAUGUUGAAGCUCUAAGAAGAAUUGCUACUAUAGCCAGCAAAUGCGUGAGGAUGAGAGGGAAGGAGAGGCCAUCCAUGGACAAAGUCACGACAGCUUUGGAGCGAGCGCUUGCUCAAUUGAUGGGUAGUCCGAGCAAUGAUCAGCCUAUCUUGCCAACGGAGGUUGUUCUAGGAAGCAGCAGAUUGCACAAGAAGUCCUCUUCGAAUCGGUCAACCUCAGAAACAACAGAUGUUGCAGAAACUGAGGAUCAGAGAUUCGAAUUCAGGGCUCCUUCAUGGAUCACUUUCCCAAGUGUUGCGUCGUCUCAGAGGAGAAAGUCUUCAGUAUCGGAUGCAGACGUUGAAGCAAAGAAUUUAGAAACUAGGAACGUCUAUGGAAAUGGCAUUGUGCCCGGGGUUUGUGACGGAUUGAGAAGUUUAGAAGAAGAAAUUGGACCAGCUUCUCCUCAGGAACAUUUGUUCUUGAAACACAACUUCUGAUUAACAUACCAACAAGUAAAAGGAAAUGCUCUUCGUUUUAGGUUGAUGCUUAUUUUCUUAAGCGAAGAGAUGUAUAGAAGCAAAGGGAAAUAUUGUGAUUUCUUGAUAAAUAGAACCCCCGUGACCAAGAAUUCCCUGUGCACCACCAUUGGCAAUGAGCUCUAGAUGUUUGAUCAUGUAAUUUGUA